CUUGUGACGGUAUUUCCCCCCUUGGUAAAGGCAGGCACCAGUGAAGGCAGGAAUGCACAUGCACAUCUCAACUUUACACCGAUUCAAGACGUCGGUCAGACACAGAGGCAUAUUUUACACAAGAAACGAAGCGCACUGGACUGUUCAGAGCUCAAGCGUAUGAGCUCGUAUCAUUAUCCAUAUCAUGGCACCUCUUAGCAAAAAAUUGGACAAGCAAUGGCGUUUCAUAGGUCAAGAUAUCAGGAGCGUUGAGGAUCUGACCAUGGAUCAUAUCCGCUCAGUAUAUGGCCUGGGGCCAAUUGCUCAGGGCGAGGAAGGAAGUUCAAAGAAACCAUCGGGCGAGCCCAGCAUCGCCCGUGACACCAACAGCGUCUUCCCAUAUUGCAGUGUUCAAGACGUGAACCAUAUAUCAGAAAGCACAAGAUCGACAAAAGGCAGCAGUGGCAAUUGUACUGCCGCUCUUUGCAAGGACGGGAAUCCCCACUGCUUAAAAUACAUAGGACAGGAUCAGUGGGAGACAGACGAUGCACUCGACAAGUAUAUGGCAAUCUUUGCGGAUAAACUUGAUCCCCGGAUUUCAAAGCGUGUAGAGAAUACCCCGGCUGGUAUGAAGAAUCUUGGUGCAACGUGUUAUGCAAACUCUCUGCUGCAGGUCUGGUUCCACAAUCCAGCUUUUCGCGAUAUUAUCUACAGAUGUCGCUUUGGCAAAGACUCGGACAAAUCGAUGAACGCAUUGUACCAGUUGCAGCUGCUCUUCGCGCACUUGGAUCGUGGAUUGAAGAAAUUUUACAGCCCGCUAUCGCUUGUGAGCUCCUUGAGGUUGGAUAUAGCCAUGCAGCAAGAUGCCCAAGAGUUCUGCAAUCUUUUCAUGGCAAGGAUCGACGGUCAGCUCCAGCGUCAAGAGGAUCCGGAGUUGGGGGCUUUCAUCCAAAACCAGUUCCAGGGUCAUUACUCCUAUAACACGACCUGCAGGAACUGUAAAAAGACGUCCGUGAAGGACUGUACGUUUUACGAAUUGAUGCUAAACAUUAAAGACAACUGCACCUUCAUGGAUUGCCUUGAAGAGUUCGUGGAACCUGAAGAACUUUCAGGGACAGAUCGGUAUUCGUGCUCGACAUGUGGAUCGCUUCAAGAUGCGUCAAGGGUGAUAAAGAUCGACAAGCUACCCAAUGUGCUGAACAUUCAACUGAUGCGGUUUAUCUAUGACAAUGUAAUGUGGACGAAAAGGAAAUCCAAGGACACGAUCCGAUUUCCAGAGACUAUUGACUUUUCGGAGCUCCUACGCUCAAAUACCAGCGUUAAAUAUGAACUAUCCGCUGUGCUAGUCCACAGCGGACCAAGCGCCCAUUCCGGUCACUUUAGUGCUCAUGUUCUGGACAGAGAGAGCAAUAAGUGGUUCGUGUUGAAUGACGAGGAAGUGGCAGAAUUCCAGGGCACCAAAUUUGAUCCGGAAGACUAUUCUGAGACAGCUCCGAAAACAAAAACCAAGAAACCAUCAUGCAAAAGCGGAGGAAUAGAAGAUGAAAGGCUACUCAGCACGCUUUCUUCGCGAAAUGCAUACAUGUUGACAUACACCAAGAGAAGUUUGACACCUCCAAUCAAGCCAUGCGCACCUCCUGCAGAGACACUAUACGUUGUUGAGCAGGACAACACCGCUUUUCAAAACGAGCUCAAAGAGCAUGUUGACUACACCAAUAAAAUCAAAGGAACCUUUGAAGCAGCGCGGAAUGAGCGGCGCCAGCUUUAUCAGUACUGGCACGUUGGCUGUGAAGAGGAUAAAGGGUACUAUGUACCCGCCGAGUCGCUUGGCAAGUAUAUGCAGCUCGACAGCAAGGUGCCACAUGCAAUUGAUAACAGUAGCCUGGUCUGCGAGCAUGGAAAAAUAUGUCCCACAAUGGUUUUGAAGAGCAAGCGUAUUAGCGAGCUGGCGUGGCACUACUUAGUGGACCGGCUUCAAGUCAAGAUCGACCCAAUAUUGACUUCAGACGAUAUCUGUGAGGUCUGUACAAAAAAUGUGUUCCAAGACAAGCUGUACACAUUGAUGCACCGUAAAGACAUUGAGGAGUUUGAGCGCAAGGCUAAGGGGGUCAGAAGCCCAUUGGCUGCGUGGGUAUCCAAGCUUUGGCUCACGGACUGGUUGAAGGUCGCCCCGCGUUUUCACCAGCUGCACAAGACGACGGCAGAGGAUGCCAGUCCCAUCUCUGAGGCAUACAUACAUGAUGUCCUUUGUCCACACUCUGCCCUCGCGAAUGAUAAGACAAAGCGUAAACUGAUCAACAAGGCGGCCUUGGAGGUGAUAACACGCGUUUUUGGGGAACUGCCUUUGCCUGGAAGCGACGCCCUCGAGUGCACUAUAUGCCGCGGUCAACUACAGUCUCAAAUUGACAACAUGAAGGACACCGCAGCCAGGGCAACUUCUGAAAAGCAAGAACUUGCGAGUAUGAUGAUGAGAGGAGCGCGCUUGAGCCAUAUGAAUCCUGGAGAAAGAUAUUAUGUUGUUUCUCAAGAGGGGUUCAUGAAAAGCUGGCUGAACUAUGUAAAGCGACCCAUGGGCAAUGCGCGACCCACGACCAUCGAUAACUCUAGUCUCCUCUGCAGACAUGGUUUAUUCGUCUUCGAUCUUCAUCACCCUGUUGACGCAGAAAACGACGAAGAUAUCUUUUUGGUCAAAGAAGACGAGUGGAUGUACCUCCGAGCACUGUACAACGGAGGACCUGAAGUUGUUGUAAUGAGAACGGAAGUGACACAGACGGACGACACUGAAUCCAACAUUUGCUCGUUUAUCGAGACCGUACCCAGUUUGUGUUCAAACUGCAGGAAUGAAAGAAUUCUCAACUUUGACUCGACAACGCUAUUCAUCCGAGUAUACGCUCCUGGAACUUCCACACCUGGAGAUGAUGAAUCUGCAACAAUCUCUGCAUCAAAUUUGGAACAGACAAACCCCAACGUUCAGGAUACGCUAACUUCUACAUCCUCGGCUGCGAAGAGAAAGCAGGGCCCCCUGUCACCAGGUCCACAUUUCGGAGCACGACGAUCAAAACGCGCUAAGUCGACAAAGAAACAAUACAAAGAGAUCAAGGUCCUUGUCGGCAAAUGGGAUACGGUCAUGGAACUGAAAUUAAAGAUUAUGCAAAAGACGAACAUUGUCCCGUUGUAUCAGAAACUUGUACAUAAGAAGGCCGAAUUGGACAAAAACGAAACGACGAUAGCAGAUCUGGAGAUACCGCCGAAUGCAGUGCUGGACCUAAUCGCGUUUGAUCAAAGUAUGGACGAUCUCAUGUUGAGCAGCUUGCAAGAUGUGGUGCAGAUACCAGGCGACGAAGGCGGUUUUGGAGGAACUGGUCUGGCUGAGGACUGGAUCUAAAGCUGCUAGACUACAUGUUACUUUGUAUGUGGUCUGUCAGCUCCGCCGAAUACCAAAUACAUCAGAUAUGUGCCCUGUGCGCAUUCUGGGAACCCGGGUCAACCGUACGCUUGUCCUUUGCUUGUGGCACAUUGUCCAGUUGGCAUGUCAGAAACCCCAUUUGGUGC